GCAUGCUCACUCGCGCUCGUGACGCCGCGGAGCCGAGCGGGCCCGGAGCCGGCUCCAGAGGGGCGGCGGGCGCGGAGGAGGAGACACGCAGAGCCCGAGCGCAGGCUCUCCCCGCCGCGCCCAGCCGCGCGGCCAGCCCGACGGAGCCGGCGCCGGGCGGGCUCCGAGCGGCCACCACCGCCGCCGCCGGGCCGGGCAUGAGCGCGGAGGGGCCGCGGCCGCCCCCCGCACCGCCCGGCGCGCGCAGGCCGUGACCGGGCGGGGGGCACACAGCGGCCGAGCGGCGCGGCCAGAGGAGCCAUGGACUGCAGCCUCGUGCGGACGCUCGUGCACAGAUACUGUGCUGGAGAAGAGAGCUGGGUGGACAGCAGGACCGUCUACGUGGGACACAAGGAGCCGCCUCCGGGCGCAGAGGCCUACAUUCCACAGAGAUACCCUGACAACAGGAUCGUCUCCUCCAAGUACACGUUUUGGAACUUCAUACCCAAGAACUUAUUUGAACAAUUCAGAAGAAUAGCCAACUUUUACUUUCUUAUCAUAUUUCUGGUACAGCUGAUCAUCGACACACCCACCAGCCCAGUGACGAGUGGACUCCCGCUGUUCUUUGUCAUCACCGUCACAGCCAUCAAACAGGGCUACGAGGACUGGCUCCGCCAUAAAGCCGACAAUGCCAUGAACCAAUGCCCUGUGCACUUCAUCCAGCACGGCAAGCUCGUCCGCAAGCAGAGCCGGAAGCUGAGAGUCGGGGACAUCGUCAUGGUCAAGGAGGAUGAGACCUUUCCCUGUGACUUGAUCUUCCUCUCCAGCAACCGUGGAGAUGGGACCUGCCACGUCACCACUGCCAGCUUGGACGGGGAGUCAAGCCAUAAAACGCACUUCGCGGUCCAGGACACCAAGGGCUUCCACACCGAGGAGGACGUCGACCGUCUGCACGCCACCAUCGAGUGCGAGCAGCCGCAGCCUGACCUGUACAAGUUCGUGGGGCGCAUCAACGUGUACAGCGACCUGAGCGACCCCGUGGUGAGGCCCCUGGGAUCAGAAAACCUGCUGCUCAGAGGAGCCACGCUCAAGAACACCGAGAAGAUCUUUGGUGUGGCCAUCUACACGGGCAUGGAGACCAAGAUGGCCUUGAACUACCAGUCGAAAUCCCAGAAGCGAUCUGCUGUGGAAAAGUCCAUGAACGUGUUCCUCAUCGUCUACCUCUGCAUCCUGGUCAGCAAGGCGCUGAUAAACACUGUGCUCAAGUACGUGUGGCAGAGCAAGCCCUUCCAGGACGAGCCCUGGUACAACCAGAAGACCGAGUCAGAGCGGCAGCGGAACCUGUUCCUCAGGGCCUUCACAGACUUCCUGGCCUUCAUGGUACUCUUCAACUACAUCAUCCCCGUGUCCAUGUACGUCACCGUGGAGAUGCAGAAGUUCCUCGGCUCCUACUUCAUCAGCUGGGACGAGGACAUGCUGGACGAGGACACGGGGGAGGGGCCUCUGGUCAACACGUCCGACCUGAACGAGGAGCUGGGCCAGGUGGAGUACGUCUUCACAGACAAGACGGGCACGCUCACGGAGAACAACAUGGAGUUCAAGGAGUGCUGCAUCGAGGGCCAGGUCUAUGUGCCCCACGUCAUCUGCAACGGGCAGGUCCUGCCCGACUCCUCCGGCAUCGACAUGAUCGACUCUUCCCCGGGCGUCAGCGGGAGGGAGCGGGAGGAGCUCUUUUUCCGGGCCCUCUGUCUCUGCCACACAGUGCAGGUGAAAGACGAUGACCAGGUGGACGGCCCCAGGAAGUCGCCUGACUCGGGGAAGUCCUGCGUGUACAUAUCGUCCUCGCCCGACGAGGUGGCACUGGUGGAAGGCAUUCAGAGACUUGGAUUCACGUACCUGAGGCUGAAGGACAAUUACAUGGAGAUUCUCAACAGGGACAACGACCUGGAGAGGUUUGAAUUGCUGGAAGUCUUGAGCUUCGACUCGGUGAGGAGGCGUAUGAGCGUCAUCGUCCGGUCGGCCACAGGAGAAAUUUAUCUGUUCUGCAAGGGCGCGGACUCUUCCAUAUUUCCCAGAGUGGUUGAAGGCAGAGUGGACCAGAUCCGGGCCCGAGUGGAGCGCAACGCGGUGGAGGGGCUCCGCACGCUGUGUGUGGCCUACAGGAGGCUGGCCCCCGAGGAGUACCAUGCCGCGUGCCAGCUGCUGCAGGCCGCCAGGGUGGCCCUCCAGGACCGGGAGAAGAAGCUGGCCGAAGCUUACGAGCAGAUCGAGAAGGAGCUCACCCUGCUCGGCGCCACCGCCGUGGAGGACCGGCUCCAGGAGAAGGCGGCCGACACCAUCGAGGCGCUGCAGAAGGCGGGCAUCAAGGUCUGGGUGCUCACCGGGGACAAGAUGGAGACGGCCGCGGCCACCUGCUAUGCCUGCAAGCUCUUCCGCAGGAACACGCAGCUGCUUGAGCUGACCACCAAGAAGAUUGAGGAGCAGAGUCUGCAUGACGUUCUGUUCGAGCUGAGCAAGACUGUCCUGCGCUGCAGCGGGACCCUGACCAGGGACGGCUUCUCAGGACUUUCAGCGGACAUGCAGGACUACGGAUUAAUCAUUGACGGCGCGGCACUGUCGCUGAUCAUGAAGCCCCGGGAGGACGGCAGUUCCAGCAACUACCGGGAGCUCUUCCUCGAAAUCUGCCGGAACUGCAGCGCUGUGCUCUGCUGUCGGAUGGCGCCCCUGCAGAAAGCCCAGAUUGUUAAGCUGAUCAAAUUCUCAAAGGAGCACCCCAUCACUCUGGCCAUCGGCGAUGGGGCCAACGACGUCAGCAUGAUCCUGGAGGCCCACGUGGGCAUAGGGGUCAUUGGGAAGGAGGGCCGUCAGGCUGCACGGAACAGCGACUACGCGAUUCCCAAAUUCAAGCACCUAAAGAAGAUGCUCCUGGUCCACGGACAUCUCUACUACAUCAGGAUCGCUGAGCUGGUGCAAUACUUCUUCUAUAAGAACGUCUGCUUCAUCUUCCCUCAGUUCCUCUACCAGUUCUUCUGCGGGUUCUCACAGCAGACGCUGUACGACACGGCGUACCUGACCCUCUACAACAUCAGCUUCACCUCCCUCCCGAUCCUGCUGUACAGCCUCAUGGAGCAGCACGUGGGCAUCGACGUGCUCAAGAGGGACCCCUCGCUGUACAGGGACAUCGCCAAGAACGCGCUGCUCCGCUGGCGGGUGUUCCUCUACUGGACGCUGCUGGGCCUGUUCGAUGCCCUCGUGUUUUUCUUUGGUGCUUAUUUCAUGUUUGAGAACACGGUCGUGACCAGCAGUGGACAGAUGUUCGGGAACUGGACCUUCGGGACGCUGGUCUUCACAGUGAUGGUGUUCACAGUCACGCUGAAGCUGGCCCUGGACACACACUACUGGACCUGGAUAAACCACUUUGUUAUCUGGGGGUCGCUGCUCUUCUACGUUGUCUUUUCCCUACUCUGGGGAGGAAUUAUCUGGCCGUUCCUCAGUUAUCAGAGGAUGUACUACGUGUUCAUCCACAUGCUGUCCAGUGGGCCUGCCUGGCUGGGCGUCAUCCUGCUCAUCACCGUCAGUCUCCUCCCCGACGUCCUCAAGAAAGUGCUGUGCAGGCAGCUGUGGCCGACAGCGACGGAAAAGACCCAGAAGAGCAUGCAGCACAAAGCACCAGGGGAUGCCGUGCCGAGCAGCGACAGGCCACUGCUGAAGGACCUCUUACCGCAGCCGCGGCGGCAUUAGCUCCACGCUAGAACGCGCAGCUGCAGGAGACGGCGGCUCAGGACGCGCCCCUCUCGCCUCUCUGCAGCGCCCAGGUGCUCGGAGCCCCAGGCCCUUGGCUGUGGGCGGCUUCCGCCUAGGAAGGCGCUCUGUGCCUGGCAGUCGGGGGAGCGCUGUGCCCCCCCAUUGGGCCCUUCUGGCAGCUGCUGUGGUUCCAGCCUGAGGCGUGGGCACUGUGGUCCUGCCAUGGACCUGUGCCACGGGUGGACGGCGCCCAGCCCAGCCCUGCGAGCUGUGCACUAUGCACCUCUGCUGGUGGCCGAGGAGGCGGAGCCCUGGCCGCGGCCACUCGCUGGGGCACAGCACACCAGUCAUUCACCCCAGGCCCGCGGCCUCGCGCUCCAGCUAGACUGAGAACACAGACCUCACCUGGCCCGUUCUCCACACUGCAGCCACAGACUGGCCCCACCCGGGCCUGCCUGUCACCCCGCCAUUGUCUCCGUGCCGUCACCUGAAGAACCGUCCUCUGGUCUGCACCUCCACGUCCAGCAGCCGUCCAGCUCACACCCCCCCAGCUCACACCCCCCCAGGCGCCCCCUCCCCCCGCCCCGCAGAAACCCUGCGCGCUGCAGGCUGGGAAGCACCCUGCCGGACCCGGGGGCCACGUGCACCUCCCUGCCCUGGGGUUCCGCUCAUCCCGGUGAGACACAGCAUCUCCUGGCCACAUCUGAGUCCCUGAGGAGACUCUGAUCCUGUGUCAGAACUUCGCAGGGAUUCCAUGUCCCUCUCCUGCCACCACUGUCCCGUGGAGGACCUGGUCAUGGUGGGGGCACGUGUGGUGUGAGCGUGGCUUGGCUGCACAGCACACUCACGGGGGUGCCAGUUCACCUUGGAAGGGUUGGGCUUGAGGCUGCUGGGAAAGGGCACUGGUCUGGGGCCUGCCAGAUGGGGAAAAGCUGGGGGCGGUCAGACCACGUCCUUACUGGGAUGGAGUCCUCCUCCCAAGCCUGUCCCGGCCACUUGUGCCGUCAGUCCCAGCGGGCAACGCACGGCUCCGCCAGCCUCGCCAUGGCUCUCCCAGGCCAGCUCCUGUGUCUUCGUGGUCUCUCCUGUCUUAGGAUCCUGGCCAGGGUUUCAUUGGGGGUGGACAGGCGAUUGGGAGGCUGUGUUAUGAAGCUCCUGUUACCUUUGGCAUGGUCUUUGUUUCUAGAAGACUCUACCUGGGAUAGCCUUGAGGUCCUAGUUUAGAGGAGACAUUUCCUUGCAGGCUGGAGCCUGAGCCAGAGGGAGGAAAGGUCAGUGUCCUGUGUGCAGUGGCCAUGGCAGGCCGGGGCGCUGGCGAGGGAUGUGCUGUUCCCCAGCUGCUUCAGCAGAAAGUCUGGAAAAUGCACAGUCGGUUGUGUGAGGUCUCACCUGCAAAAUAUUUAUUUGAACUACAGAAUGAAUCAGUAGCACAGUGAACCCUGUGUGGGGCAGGUCAGAGCAGGACCCUGUACCAAAGAGGGGGUGGCCUCCUUGGCUGAGGACAGAGGACGUCAUGCUCCUGGCCCCUCGCCCUGGCCUGCCCCAUCACCUCCGGCUCACCUUCGGGGCUCCCCAGGUCCACGCUGACUGCAGACAGCAUUUACAGCCCUUUUUAAGAACCCAAAAUGGGUCUGAAUCUAAUACCUGCAGGGGGACAGGUUCUCUGUACGUUUAGUUAACAGAUUAUUUGUAAUGUAUUUUUUUAGAGACCUUGAAGUUGCCUUUGCGAUGAACUAUUUUCAUAGCUCUUUAUAUCUCUUUUAUCAUUUGUUAACAUAUCUGAUUUUUAAAGUAUGUUUUAGAGCUUUAAUGCUUAAGUUCAUGGAAUCGUGGCCACUUUACGUUUCCGUUCUGGUGAGAAUUCCGCCGAAUGUCCCGAUUUCUGAUGAAUGUGAAUUUUCAGGGUUGAUUUUAUCCUCCACAGCUUGGUUUCCUGGUGUUUCUGGGGCAGCAGUGAGUCCAAGGUCUUGUGAAGGUCACAGUCAUUUGCUCGACUUUGCCGUCACGGUUCUCUGCAAUGUCAUCUGCUUUUUGUUUCGUUUUUGUUCUUAAUUUCCAUCCCUCAGCCUUAAAAAUAGGAGAUUCCUGCUUGAGGGUCCGGCCGGCCGGACCCUGUCCUGCCUGAGUGCAGGGGGCGCCCUGUGCCUCAGAAGCCUCAGUUGGGAUGUGAGGCCCUGGGGAUGUCUUCCUGUCACCUGGGAGGUUACUAAACGGGGGUCUCGUGAUGGAAACACAGGGGCUCAGGCCUAACAGCAGGGGAGACCCAGUGAGGGGCACUGGGGCCUGGCUCGGCUUUCUGCUCACAGCGACUGUGCAGCCAGCGAUGCCGGCCCAGCCGUAGGCAUGUCCUUAGCCUUGAUGUCUCCCGCCAUGGCUCACCUGAAGGGAUCAUCACCUGCAAGUCUCGGUCCGUCACAGCACACGGCUCCUGAUCCACACGCCACCUGCACACAGCACGCUGGCCCAUGCCAGCCAUCCUGGCUACACACGUUCUCCUGCUUCCCAUGCACGGUGCGAGCUCACACACGCGUGUGCACAUACCCAUACACUGCUCUCCUCUUGUCCGUGCACCUGCCUCCCUCCCGAGGUUCCUGUGAGGAGGCUGCGCACACAGGCGCGCACACACAAUGCUCACUGCAAACAUGCAAUGGCCCUGCAGGCCCUGCGUGCGACUCCACGCUGGACUGAGAGCUGUCCCCUCCCAGGGAGGUCCAGCUCCCCUAGCCUCUCCUCGCCCAGCUCAAGCCACCGUGCCAGCAAGCAGGGCCUGGGUCCACAGGAACUGCACACACCCUUGUGCGUCUGAGAGCACGGCUGCCCUCCGUCCCACGCCAGCCAGGAAGCGUCCUGUCAGUCCCACCCACCCACUCCUGAGCACAAGCAGACCAAAGGCCAUGCCCAGAACACCUAUGCUGGCAGGAGGCCUGGCGGUGAGCCGGAGGAGGACCCCGGGCACUCAGGCAGGGUGCGCUCGGGGCCUCUGAGCAUCUGCAGCUUGGCUACAGAACUCCCGUGGUGGCACCUGCUCCAGGUCGCCACACCAGCCAGCGCCAGGGUCAAGCGCUGCAGCCCGGAUCCUGGAACCGCCAGAUCCCUGUGCUGUGCACCCGCCGGCACUGAACUAACGCAACCACUUUCAUUUCACCUCGAUAUUAUUUAUUGACAACACAGUAUAACAGGUCCUCACACUCUACAUUUCUUUUGGAAGUUGCCCAUUUGUAACUUUAAAAACAGGAAAAUUAUCAGUAGGCGAAUGCAAUCUUUUUUUUUUUUUUUUAAGCUGGAGGGCAGGUGAGCGGGAAUGAGAAUCAUUCUGAUACUGUGUAAGCAGAGCUUUAAUGAAGGUGUGUUGGAAGUAUUAUGAAAGCGAUUCUACUUUUGCAGAAAAAAUCUAAAGAUCAAUUUAUAUAGCUUUAUUUUUUACUUUAUUGAGAUACACAGAAUUUUAAUAUGCCUAUAUUGUCUCUGACUUAAAAUAACAUAUGUCUGUAUUACCAUUUAAAAUGCCCAUUCACUAUGUAAUGUAAUAAGAAUCUUCAAAAAUGUAUUUAAUGUGAAAGAUAUCUAUAGCUGUCAUCAUCAUAAGCAUUGGAACUUAUUUUUAAAUUAUCAAAUAUAGUAGGUACAUUUAACAUAAAUCAUCCUCCAGACCGUAACAUUCAGCUGAUUCGUUAAUUUGCUUUGAAAAAUUAAAUUGUGAUUUAAACCAAAUCAGACAUUUCUGUAAAGUUUAUUUUGUAUGCUACUGUUUUUAACUUUUAUUUCUGUAGCAAAAAUAGCACUUGAUGAUCUUAAUUACAUUGGAUUUUCCUGUAGAUUGUCCAAGCGGAAGACCUGAAUUUGCUCACAAUAAAUAUGAAAAAGAA